UCAUGUCACUUUGUUGUCAUUAACAGCUGUUUACGUAUACAAAAAUAUUAAAAAUUGCCCAAUUUACUAAAAGUUCAUUUAAAAAAUACCAACAAAAUGGAAACUUCUGACAGUGAAUGUUUUGAGAGCGCCGACGAGGAUUUUGGUUCGGAUUACGAAGACAAUAAGUUUCAUUUACAGACUAGUCACAGCCACAAAGUAAUUGAACCAGAAUUAUGCAAAUUGAAAAUAGAUGAAAACCCAGAAAGCAGGUGUGAAAUCAUAGAAAAACCAGUUCAGGAUGAAGAGAAAAGGAGCCAUAAAAGUUUGACAAUAACGGAGGAUCAUAGUAAGCACCCCGAGACCAAUAUAACAGAAAAAGAAACUGAUCUUUCCUCUGGCAGCUCGAAGUACACUAAAGAUAAUUUUAAGGACAUUUGUGAUGACAAUACAAAAAAUGAUCUUUUACUGGAAAAAUCACCGUCCAUUACACUUGCUGCAGAAAACAUAAUAACCGAGACCAUACCAAGAUCCACAAAACCAGCAUACUCAGAAACAGUUCAUAUAGAAACCAAAUUAAAAGAUACUUCUAAUGCGGAAUUUAGUCAGGAACACACAAAAGAGAAACCACUUAUUACUACAUUAAUAAAUAAAGUUGAAGUGAAUAAGGCAUGCACUGAAGAGAAUUUAUGGGAUGAUGAUGAACUUGACUGGGGAGUGGAAACUCAAAAGGAAGAGGCAGAAAACAGUGCAGAACCAUCAACACUUCAAGAAGGUUGGGGCGAUUUUUAUGCUGAAUGGGAAACUGAUAAUAGAAAAUCCAAACAAGAUUCCAGCAGUACUACUGAGACCUCAGAUACAACUCAAAUUGACCAUCAAAGCAUUUUCAAAGAUACACAAAAAGAUGACAACCUUUGGAAUGAAGAUGAAGAUUGGGAAUCUGUGGAGCAACCCUCAGAAAAACCCCAAGAAGUACAAGAAGAAUCCACUUGGGGUAGUUGGGGUGACUGGGGGGUAUCCUCCAUAUUAAAUACUGCAACCUCCUUAACCAGCCAGGUUUCCCAAGGGUUUUCAACAGUUCUGGAAAACAGUAUAGGUAUACCACAACCAGAAGAACUGGCAAAAAUGAACAAGGAAGGAACUCAAAAAGACACCAUUGAAGAGGAUUCUGUGGGUUUUGGUUUGGGUAAUCUAGUGUCAGGUGUCUCUCAGCUUACAAAAUUUAUGGAAUCCACUGGGAGUAGGGUUAUAACAGGAGGCUUGGACACUUUGGAACUUAUAGGGAAGAAGACAGUUGAGGUUCUCCAAGAGGGUGAUCCAGGAUUCAAGAAAAAGCGGGCAUUUCUUAAGCUGGAUUCAGGAAAGCCAAACUUGUCACAAAUCCUAAGAGAAGCCAAAGAAAAGGCUGAACAGGAAAACAAAGAAAGCAAAGAGGAGAGCAUAAAGAGAGAUGGAUACUACAAAAGCAACAAUUAUGAAACAUUGUUUGAUGAUUAUCAGGGAAUAGUACAUCUUGAGGCUCUGGAAAUGUUGUCUAAAUUAUGCCAUAUCAAACUGGAUAACAUUACAAGUUCUUUAACAGGAAGUGCAUUAAAAGAUUUAGAAGAGACUUUGGAGCAAGUCAAAGAGCUUUCCGAGCUGCCUGAAGAUGAAGAAAAUGAACUACAAGAUCUUGGAGAUGCCCAACAAAGCAUUUCUGAUAUCAUAAAAGAAAUAGAUAUUCCAAUAUCAUUUGAGAAGUUUUUUGAUAUUGCCAAUGGUAAUGAAAAUAAAUUGCACUCAGAUGUAGGUGUUGAACAUAAAGUAAUGCAUCAGAAAGCCAUAGAGCUUUUGGCACAAUUAACUGCUCUCGCGGUUGAGCAAUUUCAUAAAGCUGGAGAGUUGCUUUUGGUUAAGGAACAUAGAAGUACUGUGGAUGAGGCAGAUGGGUUAGUGCAGUUAACUACCCUAAUUAAAGCUUGCAUAGCAAAAACUGCCAAGCAAUAUGCCGAUCAGUUCAGUAAAAUGGAUAACGUUAUAGGCAAAGAACAAGUUAAUGAGUACAUAACGAACAUAUUUUAUGAGGCGGCAAACAGUGCGACUUACAUACAAAAUGCUUUUCAACUACUUAUUCCGGUAUUGCAAGUUGGGGCAGUAUAAGAAGUAUCAAUUUCAUGUGUAACAUAUUAUUUAUUAUUAUUAUUACUUUAAUGAUAUUCUUUGUUUGGUUAAAAUAUUUUAAUUUAUGACUAUAACUUUGUUACAUUUGUAAAGUUUAUGUUGGCAUAAUAAAGAUCUUAUUUCUA